AUGGCUGUGAGCUUUGCUAGGUUGUCAAGUCCAACUCCAAGAGCCCAAAUUGCAGAAGAAUGGGAAAAAGUUAGGCUGCCGGAAAGUGACCGGAAAUCGAGGGUUCUGAUCGUCGGAGGGACGGGUGUCGCCGGCCGGAACACGGCUGCCUCCCUCUCCAAAUUCUGUCCUCAACUUCAGAUCAUCAUUGGCGCCCGUAACAGGGACAAAGGCGCCCAAAUUGUAUCAACACUCGGUGGCAACUCAGAGUUUGUCCACGUUGACAUCAACGAUUUCAAAUCCUUGCAAACAGCAAUGGCUGAUGCGGACCUUGUUGUUCAUGCAGCUGGCCCAUAUGAAUAUGCUGACACCAAAGUCUUAGAGGCUGCUAUCGAGUACAACUAUUUCACUAGUGGCAGCGGGGGAACGGGUCCCGGGGUUCUAUCGACUACCUUUUAUCUUCUUGCAGAUGAGGCUGUUACGUACUAUCAAGGAGAGGAAAAGAAAUUGAAGCCGUACAGCGAUAAGCGUAGUGUUAGCUUUGGAGAAGGGAUUGGCGAAAGAGAUGUUUUUCUAUUGAAUGUUCCGGAAGUGGCUAGCGCACGUCGAGUAUUUGGAGUACCAACUAUCGAUGCACGAUUCGGGACAGCGCCCUUCUUUUGGAAUUGGACACUUUUGGCCAUUAUGAAACUCUUGCCUGUUGAGAUUUUGAAGGACAGGCGAAUAGUUCAAUUCUUGUCGAAAUUUUCGUACCCAUUUAUUCGUGCGGUGGAUGUAAUAUCAGGGGAGAAAGCUGCAAUAAGAGUCGAUUUAGAGUGUUCGGAUGGAUAUAAUACAUCGGCAAUUUUUAGCCACCAAAGACUAGCCGAAGCUGCUGGGACUGCAACUGCUGCAUUUGUUCUGGCUGUUCUUGAGGGAAGCACAAAGCCUGGAGUUUGGUAUCCUGAAGAGCCAGAAGGAAUUGCAGUUGAGGCAAGGGAAAAGCUUCUUAGACGCGCAGCACAGGGUGCCAUGGAGUUCCAAAUAACCAAGUCGUUUUGCAGAAGGAAAGAGAACGAGGGACGAUUAAACUGGGGUGGAUAAAUUGAUGUGAAACGUUAAUUUCUUAAACGAGUCACGGAUACACCGUAUAAAUUAUGAAUAAAACUUACGACAAUAAAUUGCACGUCGAAGCAAGCUUAAGUCUAG